UCCUUGAUGUUUUUAUGUUCUUGGCAUGACGUGAAGGUUGAUCUUUGCCGUACGCGUGGAUAUUGUUGAAUCUGGCCGUUCACGUAGAGUCGGAUCAUGUUUAAAUUGUGCAAAAUCAUGUCAACACUCCAUCUGACUUGACUCGGAGCAUUUCUUCUUGCGUUUUAAGCUGCCGGUACCUGCUACAUUCAAGGCGGAAGUUCAGGCAGUGAUUCGAAACCUUGGUAAGGCAAUGAUUGCACCAAUAGGAGUAGCAUUUGCGGUGGGUCUUCUUGGAUGGGUUUAUCAAGCACUGAAACCUUCCCCUCCAAAGAUAUGUGGAUCAGCAAAUGGGCCUCCAGUGACUUCAUCUAGAGUAAAGCUUAAUGAUGGUAGACAUUUGGCCUACAGAGAAUUUGGAGUACCUAAGGAAGAAGCUCAAUGCAAAAUCAUUAUGUGCCAUGGCUACAAUAGCUCCAAAGAUAUGUACUUACCUGCCUCUCAAGAAUUUAUAGAUGAGCUUAAGCUGUACAUAGUAUUAUAUGACCGAGCUGGUUAUGGAGAGAGUGACCCAUAUCCAGCACGUUCGGUGAAGUCUGAAGCAUUUGACAUUCAAGAAUUAGCAGACAAAUUGCACCUCGGCACAAAAUUUUAUGUAAUUGGAUGUUCAAUGGGAGCAUCCUCUGUUUGGAGCUGUCUAAAAUACAUUCCAGACAGACUUCUAGGAGCUUCCUUAGUGGUUCCUUUUGUGAAUUACUGGUGGUCUUCCGUUCCUUCUGCAUUAUCACUACAGACUUUUAGGAGGCUUCCUCAAUCUUACCAACGGACGUAUCGGAUUGCACGUUACACACCUUGGUUAUACCACUGGUGGAUGACACAAAAAUGGUUCCCAACGUUGGGCGCUGAUGGCAUGUUCUGUGAUUCAGAUUUAGAGAUAUUAAAGAGACUUUCAGGAUGCCUAAAUCAUGAACAGGAAAAAGUAACACAACAAGGCAAACACGAAUCACUUAACCGAGACAUGCUGGCUAUUUUGGGAGCAAAAUGGGAAUUUGACCCCAUCCUCGACUUGAGCAAUCCAUUCCCUAACAACGAUGGCUCUGUUCAUCUUUGGUCCAGUAGUGAAGACCAUGUGGUUCCUAUUGAGCUGAAUCGUCUUAUAGCAGAGAAACAUCCAUGGAUUCAGUAUCAUGAGGUUCCUGACGCUGGACAUCUAAUAAUACAUGAUGCUGAAAAUUUUGAAGCCAUAAUAAGGGCACUUUUGGCUAGAUAGGUUCAUCCUUGUCUGGCGACACUCUGCCAUCAUGUCAUGUACUGUUGUAUUGUAUUAGGUACAUUAUUUCCACGAUAAACUUCCAAUACAAUAGUAGCAACAAACUUACCCUCCUGGAAAUGACUGUAUGUUGAUUGUGUUAUGUAGCUUGACUCGCCUUAGAACAGCUUUGUAAAGGUGAUAGAUCAAAUCCAAAAUAGAAUCUGUAACUGUAUGCAUGUUGUCAGAAUUGGCUUCUA